AAAAAAACAACAACCUCUCUGGCCGCCAUUGGGAGCAUUGCGCCUGUUAACACAACAGGACCAAGACAUGCUAGCUCAUUUCUUGACAGCAAAAACCUUUAAUAAGUUUAUUUUUAGUUUUCUCUUUAGCAUUGUUGGUUGAAGUGUCGCUGCAACAACAAGCAGCCGCUUUCUAAACGAGGGUCAGUGGUUCACAGGAGGAUUCGAUUCAAAUCUGACGCUCCGGAUGGAUCUGCACUGGCUGUCUAUGACCUGACUUCAAACUUGGAAGCUGUCAUUUGAGUCACCUGAUUCUCAUCCCUGAAGCUGUUCCUGGACUCACCAGACUCCUCACAUUAUGAGAGACCAUCAGAGGGGAAGCAGCAUCAGGAAAUUCUCAGUACCGACAGGAAGACCCGUCAGAAUGACCACCGUGACCUGAGAGCUUAGACAGUUUUUUUACGCGCUGCUAAAAUGGCGUCGCCGGUCUGGCAGUUCUACCAGGUCUCCGAAAAAGACAGUAAAUUUGCAAUUUGCAAGGUGUGUUCCAAGGAAAUCCCUCGUGGAGGAUCACAACCCAAAAAAUUCAACACCACGAACCUCAUCAGACAUUUGAAGGUGAGGCAUGCCGAGGAAUAUGACGAGUUUUCAAAGCUAGCCAGCACCAAGGCAGAGAGGGAGCGGUUCCGUUUAGCGGCUCAAGCACCACUCACUCAGCUGCCGGUAACAGAGACGUUGCAACAGCAGCAGCCCUACAGCAAAACCAGCAAGAAACCAAAAGAAAUAUCAGCCAAAAUAAUGGAAUUCAUUUGCCUUGAUCACCAGCCGCUGUCUAUCGUGGAGGACGAAGGGUUCAAAAGACUCAUGUCCUACUUGGAUCCACGCUACAUUCUGCCAGGACGUAAAUAUUUCACUGAUGUAUGCCUGCCACAGUUAUACCAAGAAGUGUAUACACAUAUUGACAAUCUCAUGAGGGACAACAUCAAAUCGUUCAGUUUCACAAGUGACAUUUGGAGUUCAAAUGUAUGUCCCAUGUCCAUGUUGAGCCUCAACGCUCAGUUUGUUGAUGAAAACUUUGAACUACACAAAGUUGUUCUUCAUUCUCAAGAUUUCUCAGGGUCACACACGGUGGAGGCUCUCGCUGCCACAUUCAUCGACAUGUUCCAGACGUGGGGAAUCCCAAAGGAAAAGGUGCACGUUAUUCUAAGGGUUAAUGCCAAGAACAUGGAGAAGGCCAUGAGGGAUGCGGAUUUACCCAGCCUUCCAUGCAUGGCGCAUACACUCCAGCUCGCUGUGUCUGAGGGAGUUUUGUCACAGCGUAGCUUCAGUGAUGUAAUAGCCUCUGGAAGACGCAUCGUCAGUCAUUUCAAACACUCCCAGCUUGCCUACUCACGACUACAAAGUAUCCAAAAACAACUGGGCCAGCCUAUUAAAAGGCUACAGCAAGACGUCCCCACCAGGUGGAACAGUACUUUGUACAUGCUCCAGAGUCUACUGGAGCAGAGACAGGCCCUGUCUGCUUAUGGAGCUGACUAUGACUUACCUGCCAUGUUCACAGACAGCCAGUGGACAUUGGUGGAAAAUAUGAUUUCCUUGCUCGCCCCCUUUGAGGAGCUCACGCAGCAGAUCAGCUUAUCGACUGCAUCAGCUGCAGAUGUCAUACCAUCCAUCAGAGCUUUAACUCGUCUCCUUGAGAAGACGGCAGAGACUGACCAGGAUGCUAAAACGUCUAAAGCCACAUUGUUGGAAGCGGUCCAGAAGCGAUUCCGUGACAUUGAAUCUGAGCGCUUGUAUACCAUCGCCACAGUCCUUGAUCCGAGGUAUAAAGACAGAUAUUUUCCCGACGCACUCAAACCCCAGAUUCGUGAGCUGCUUUCUGACGUCCUGGCUGCUGGGCCGGAGCAGCAGAAUGGUGAGGGGAGUCUGGCAGCGAGCGACUCCGAGCCCCCAGAGAAAGUCCCACGAGCUGGCUCCUUGCAUGCUAUGUAUGCUGAACUGUUGGAUGAAGACGGGGAACACGGCGGCGACGACAGCUGCAGCUCAGCAUCGUCGCAGAUGAACCUCUACCUGUCGGAGCCAGUUAUCCCACGAAACGGACAGCCGCUUGUUUUUUGGCAGUACAAUAAAGGCCGCUUCCCCGCUCUCGCACAAGCGGCACGGACCUACCUGUGCGCCCCGUGCACAAAUGUGGACAGCAAGCAACUUUUCAUCACCGGUGGGAACGUUGUAGAUGACAAGAGGAACAAGCUGUCUGCCAAAAAUGUGGAGAUGCUUAUUUUUAUAAAGAAAAAUAUGCCAUUGAUGCUAAAGAAGUGAGCGUCGAGAUCUCUAUUCCUCCCUCUUACCUUAUAGUGCUCUCUCAAACUGCCUCAGCUUCCUAGAACAAAAAGCAGCUACUACAGACCUUAUCAUUGACUUGUGAUAUAAAAGCCGUCACGACGGUGCAGCUGUGGCUCCGUAAUUAAGAGUGUCAGCGUGCUUUACUUGACAUCUCCAGAGACACCUGCUCAAAGCCCAACAACACGAUACGACACGUGGCAGAGUGACUUGUUUGGCCUGCACUGAGAAGUGAGCUUAAGUUACAAAUAUAGAUAGAUACAGAUGUGGAGGUAGACAUUUUUUUUGUUGGUUUGUGUUUUUGUAUCUUGUUACUUUCUGGUCACUUUAUUGCCUGCGGUCCGCUGUCUUCUAAAUGCAGAGAAAAACUGAGGCCUGACUGGACGGAUUGAGCCAGUGGCCAAAAAUUGAAUAGAACAAGAGAUUCCUUUUGUCUUCCUGCCUUUUUUAAAUUCAUACUUUCUAAAAAGAAAAUUUCAAAACCAUGAAUAAAAAAUUUGAAAUGACCUUUCUGUUAUUUUUUUUUUUCAAAAAUGCAAACCCCAAAUCUCAAAGUUAGAAAUACUAUACCAGUUGAAAAAUUAUACAAAUAUGCUCUAAUUAAUGAUUUUAUUUCUUUUUUAAAAAAAUUUGUAUUAAAACUGAGUGCCUCAGAUUUUUUUCAUCUCUAGCCAAACCACAACUAUGUUACUGUCUCCCAUAUAUUCAGACCUUAUGCAGCUCUGUCACUGUCUUGAAUGAAUACUUCCCGGCAAGAUGACCAUUUGUAUAUAAAUAACUCACCGUGUGUUACCUUGAAUUUGUGAGGAAACUGUUUUUCUCACAUGCCUCUAUGAUGAUGGAGUAUUUCUAAAAAGGGGAACAUUCUUCAUCAAUUGAAGUAACUGGGGAACUUGCUCAAGCAGAGCUCAUACAUUCACUGGCCACUUUAUUAGGUACACCUGUUCAACUGCAUGUUAUCGCAGAUACCUAAUCAGCCAAUCACAUGCCAGCAACUCAAUGCAUUUCGGUCAGAGGAGAAUGGCCAGACUGGUUC